UAACCCCAAAGAAAGCUGCUAAAACCUAAAGGUGGUGGAAAGCUGCCUUCCUCCUCCCUCUUCAUUCUCUUCCUCUUCUUUGGUCUUGUGUCUGUAGCAGCCAAGAAAAGCCAACUCAAAGACCUCUUCUUCCCACCUCCCCCUCCGUAAUUCCUUCCAGGCACAAACUGAGUUCUUAUUAUUAUAUACUACUCAGUCAGUACUCACCUCUCUCGUUUCUUGUUUGUUUCCCAUCCGGUUGUUGAUCUCUUCUCCCCUCGGCGGCUCUAUAUACAUCCAAUCCCAUCGCAUCCCGUCCCAUUCCGUCUCCAUCGCCUGAUCAACCAGGGAUAGAGAAAAAGGAGGAAUUAAUUCUUCUUCUUCUUCUGUACUAUUGUGUUAGUGGGUUGUUCACAAGAUCAAGAAACAAGAGAAGUACCUGUCACCCAUGCUUGGCUUCUGCGCCCCGGCGGCCGGGUCUCCUCCGGACGAAGCCACGCCAGAGCCGUUCCGCUCGCUGCAGAUCGACACCACGGCCGCCGCCAUGACGAAGAAGAAGCGCCGGCCCGCCGGUACACCAGAUCCGGACGCGGAGGUGGUGUCGCUGUCGCCGCGGACGCUGCUGGAGUCGGACCGGUACGUGUGCGAGAUCUGCGGGCAGGGGUUCCAGCGCGACCAGAACCUGCAGAUGCACCGGCGGCGGCACAAGGUGCCGUGGAAGCUGCUGAAGCGGGAGGCCGGGGAGGCGGCGCGGAAGCGGGUGUUCGUGUGCCCGGAGCCGAGCUGCCUGCACCACGACCCCUCCCACGCUCUGGGCGACCUCGUCGGUAUCAAGAAGCACUUCCGCCGCAAGCACAGCGGCCACCGGCAGUGGGCCUGCGCCCGCUGCUCCAAGGCCUAUGCCGUCCACUCCGACUACAAGGCCCACCUCAAGACCUGCGGCACCCGUGGCCACUCCUGCGACUGCGGCCGCGUCUUCUCCCGGGUGGAGAGCUUCAUAGAGCACCAAGACACCUGCAAUGCUGGCCGGGCACGGGCGGACCUGUCGCCGGCGUGUGGCGGCGGCGGCGGUGCCCGUAUAACUGCUGCUAGUGCCGGGUCGCAUCAGCAGGCGCCGCCGGCCAUGUCGCUUUCACGGACCGCGUCGAGCACCAGCCCGUCCAGCGACAUCGUCCUCAGCCCGGUGGCCUGGACCGGUCCAGCAAUGCCGAGCCCUACCACCGCGGCGACCGCGUUCCACUGGUUCGACCAGAUCCCGUCGCCGCGGACACCGCCGCCGGACCGCCGCGGCGGGCACAACCUCGAGCUGCAGCUCAUGCCGCCGUCCUGCAGCAGCGCCGGCUGUACUGCUGCGCCAGGUAUGGCGGCGGGGUACUGCGCCGGGCCGCGCUCUCCUGCCGUUUCUUCGCAGGGCGCCGCCAGCGCCAUGCAGCUGCAGCUGUCCAUCGAUAUCGGCGUCGGCGGAGGCGGGUUUGGGGACGGGGGCGAGCCUGGCGUCGAGGUGCUGACUGCGGCGAGGGCGAAGGAGGACGAGGCGCGGGAGCAGCUGCGUCAGGCGAUGGAGGAGAAGGCGGCGGCGGACGAGGCCCGCGCGCAAGCGAAGCGGCACGCGGAGCUGGCCGAGCAGGAGCUGGCGGGCGCCAAGCGCAUGCGGCGCCAGGCGCAGGUGGAGCUGAGCCGCGCCCACGCCCUCCGCGAGCACGCCGUGCGACAGGUCAACGCGACGCUGCUCCAGAUCACCUGCCUCAGCUGCCGCCACAAGUUCCGCGCGAGGCCGCCGGCCGCCAUGAGCUCCGAGGUGGCCUGCAGCUACGUGUCAUCCUUCGUGACCGAGGGCGGCGACGCCGAUGUCCUUGAGUCCCUCGACGCCGACGGCAUGCGGCGGCGCCAACACGCCAAGACGAUGGACGUCUUCUGGCUAGCUUGAUCUACCUUUCAAUCGCUUCUUGUUAACUUUUACCCACGAUACGGCCGGUUGGCGCAUGCAUGAUGAGGUGUGAUGUUAUCAGAUGCGUCUAGUGCUGCUGGUGUCCAAGAUCGCUAGUUCGAUCCGUCUAGUGCUGCCUAGUCUUCUGAGCACGAGAUCUAAGCAGAGACGAGGGCUAGCUGCUAGUAGCUAAUUUGUGACGUGCAUGGAAUAUUUCAGUGUUUGCUUCCCAUUGGAUCUUCUUGGAAAAA